AUGUUUCGGAAUCCGGAAUCUGCGAGUCCUCAGCUUACUGUCUCGGUGACCAACGUUGGGAAGGCGCUGGUGGCCUGGCUGUGGCGCCAUCUGCCACAUCUCGUGCAACCCUCGGUCCGGGCCGAGAUCGAAGAGGAGACCCGUGCCGUGGCCUUCAGCGGCCGGUCGGCCUCAGAUGUAAACAGCAGGCUGACCAGCCAGUUUCAACGUUGGUCUGCCUCCCUCUACUCCAAGCUCGAGGAAAGGCACGAGGAGUUCAAAGGCCAUGAGCUGCUCAGACUCCUCCAGCCGCGUCGGAACGAUGGGAAGACCGCAAUGCUGAACGCCGCCUUGGCAGAGAUCGCUGCCGUCGAUCUCCGGGCCAUGGAAGUCAGGCGCGCAGCCGCACUGCAGCAGCACUCUGCAAACUCACAGCCUGUUGACGAAGUGCGCACAGCGCAAACGGCACCCGCAGCGAUGGACUUGCAGCAUUGCCUGCUGCCGGACACGAUGGUGCUUUCCAGAAACAGUGAGCCGGUGCCGGCAAGCUCCAUUCAGGUCGGCGCCGUGCUGCUGACCAUGCAGCAUGCCGACGUUUCCAGGUGCAGAACCAUGCAACGCCGCGAGCGCGACCUCGUUACGCUGACAUAUAUGCUGGAAGGCAGCACAGCCAUGAAGUCCGUCGUGAUGACAACAGACCACUUCGUCCCGGUUUUGAGGAGCGGUGCGAGAGCCAGACGUCCACUGCCUGCGUGCGAUGUGAGAGUCGGCGACAGGUUGUUCACCCGGACUGCGCGGUUUGCCAUAGUGCAGACGACGGAGCAGGACGUGAGGCCCACGCAAGUGGUGCAGAUCGAAUUCGAGGCCCCGGCAACGAUGCUGGUUGCGGGUCCUCAAGAGGACCUGCAGCCAAACGAUUUCGUAGAAGUCCAUGGCUGCGGGGAGGGCGGCCCCCGGAAUCUGGACACUUCGGUAAAGAUCUUGCACUUCAAUCGCUUCGACAACUUCGCAGAUGCUUUGCUGGGCUCCGAGGAGCUGCAGCCCUGCGUGGAUGACCUCAGGCGAAACGGCUUCUCUGCCAGCAUCCGGCUCGACGAUGACCCUCCUCGUGGUUUGAUGUUUGUCAGCUCGAACCUGGCAGCCGGAGUCCUGCGCGCACUCCGGCAGCGGAAGCAGGAAGCGCGCCCGCUCCGCGCAAGCUCCGUUGUGGUUUGCGGCCGCUACGAACACCUUGUCAGGGACUGUGCACGCCAUUUCGAGGCUCCAUGUCGCAGGACAAUCUUCGUCAAAGAGGAGGAGUCGCUGGACGAAUGGAUGAAUCAAUGGCAAAGUAAUCAGCUGGAAGUGUCGCAGCGAUCGACGUUUAUUCAUGCUGCGGUGCCGGCAGAUUCGCAAAGCGUCACCGCACAGUCCGAUUAUGUCACCGACGGCACUUUGCAACGGCCACCCGCCACGACUUGGAGGAGGCGGUUCAGGUAUGCUUAG